UCCACUAUCCACCACCACCACCACCACCUUAUUAUCACUCUCACGCGCCACCAUGUCCCACCACCGCAUCCUCCUCAUCCUGAACCCCUCCCAAGGCCACAUAAACCCCGCCUUCCAGCUGGCGAAAAACCUCGCCGCCUUAGGCGCACACGUGACGGUCUCCACCACGCUCUACAUGCACCGCCGCAUCGCCAACAAACCCUCCCUCCCCACCCUCACCUUCCUCCCCUUCUCCGACGGCUACGACCACGGCUACACCUUCAGCUCCUCCGACUACUCCCUCUACUCCUCCGAGCUCAGCCGCCGCGGCUCCGAGUUCGUCCGAAACCUCCUCCUCUCCAACGCCCAAGAGGGUCACCCCUUCACCUGCGUCGUCUACACCACCAUCCUCUCUUGGGCUGCUGACGUGGCGCGCGAGUUUCACCUCCCCACCGCCUUGCUCUGGACUCAACCCGCCACCAUUCUCGAUAUCUUCUACUACUACUUUCACGGGCACCGUGAUUCCAUCGACGCCAAAACCAAACAUUCUUCUUCUCUCAUUCAGUUUCCGGGGUUGCCGUUAACGCUAUCACCCAGCGACCUACCUUCCUUCUUAUUGGGUUCAAACCCUACUUUUGACUCUCUCAUUGUUUCAAUGUAUGAAAAGCAGCUUCUCGCUCUGGACGAGGAAACGAGGCCGAGGAUACUCGUGAACACGUUCGAAGCGUUGGAGCCGGAGGCUCUAAGCGUGGUUGAGAAGUUGAACAUGAUCCCCAUCGGACCGUUGAUCCCCUCGGCCUUCUACGGAAAGGAUCCUUCUGAUAAUUCAUUUGGCGGCGACGUGUUCGAUCUGACGAACGGUUACGUUGAGUGGCUCGAGAAGAAGAAGGAGAUGUCGGUGGUUUAUGUCUCGUUUGGGAGUUAUUGCGUGUUGUCGAAGGCGCAGAUGGAGGAAGUGGCACGUGCGUUGUUGGAUUGUGGAAGGCCUUUUCUGUGGGUGGUUAGAGAGAAAGAGGAGUUGGAGGUGGAGUUGGAGUUGGGAUUGGGAGGGAAGGGGAAGAUAGUAACGUGGUGUUCUCAGGUGGAGGUUCUGUCGCAUGGUGCUGUGGGGUGUUUCGUGACGCACUGUGGGUGGAACUCAGCUAUGGAGAGCUUGGCUUCGGGGGUCCCGAUGGUGGCGUUUCCGCUGUGGGUGGAUCAGAAGACGAAUGCGAAGCUGAUAGAGGAUGUGUGGAAGGUAGGGGUGAGGGUGGAUGGUGAGGUGAAUGAGGAAGGGGUGGUGCAGAGGGAGAGGAUUAGGGAGGGUUUGGAAGUGGUGAUGGGGAGUGGAGAGAGAGGAGAGGAGUUGAGGAAGAAUGCCAACAAGUGGAAGGAUUUGGCUAGGGACGCUGUCAAACAAGGUGGCUCUUCGGACAACAAUCUCAGGGCUUUUCUUCGUCACGUUCAAGCUCCACCAUAGUUUCACCAUGUAACUCCACCUUCACCGUCGUCCUUCAGUUUUGCUACACUUCAUUCUCAUUUGUCGACUAGGUUUACUGCUUUACUGCUUUUUUUUUUUUUUUUUUUUUGGUAAUAUCCCAACUCGGGGUAUUCAGUAUUCACUCCUGCUUUCGUCAUAUUUCUCAUUUGUCUUUUUCUAUUA